AUGACCUCAGAAACCGUCCUAAUAACAGGUGCAUCCUCCGGUCUCGGUCUGGCCUUUGUGAAACACUACGCUUCCUUGCCAUCACGACCCAACAUAAUAGCCUUAGACAACCAACCCUUCCCAUCCCAAAUCGCCGAACAACAAGAAACCAUCCAUUUCCACCAACUCGACAUAACCUCGUCCCAAAAACUUCAAGAUGUCGCCUCAAACCUCACCUCGACCCCCAUAACUCUCAUCAUCCACUGCGCAGGCAUCCGCGGUCUCGUUCCAGAAGUCGUCGCCAGUGAAAAACAAAGCAGCAAGGUCGUCGCAGCCGCUGAAACAUUAGAAGCCAUGAACCAUACCACCAUGAUGAGGACCCUUGAAAUCAAUACCUGGGGCACUUUCAACACCGUCAAAUCUUUCCUGCCAAACCUCCAGCUGGCCGCCGCCACUGCUGCUCAAGCCUCCUCAAAACCCAGAGUCGUUAUCCUGUCCUCUCGGAUGGGUUCAAUAUCCGCGAAUACGGCCGGUGGCGGAUAUGCAUAUCGUGCAAGCAAAGCAGCGCUGAAUGCUGUGGUCAAAAGCUUCGUCAUUGAUGUACCGGAUGUACAGUUUUUGAUGCUGCAUCCGGGACGGGUGGAGACGCGAUUGGUGGAGUGGAAGGAAGAAGGGGCGAUUGGGGUGGAGGAGAGUGUGGGGGAUUGUAUGCAGGUUUUAGAGAAGAUGGAUAAGGAGGAGUGGGAAAGUGGGAGGUUGGUGGAUCGGUUUGGAGUGAGGAUUCCUUGGUAG